AUGGUUAAACACCUUGUCGGCGUGAAUAACAAGAAGAUUGGUGGCAUGCGAAAUAUUCGUGGCAUUCUACUAAAGUCUCCAGUUGAUAUGCUCAAAACCUGCGAUAUGCUUUACAAAGAAAUCUGCUCCCGGCCUAAUUCACAUGCUAAGAAGCAAAGAGCUGCUGAAAUUCCUCAUAGAAGUUCGACUCGCAUCGAUCGCAAUCCAUUUGUCGAGCCACGAGCAAUCAAACAUGGGACUGAUUCAGCAUCGUUGACUCUUUUGGAGGCAAGGAUGAUUACGGCUAAGAAUGUUAAAAGGUCAUCUGUUCGAGCGAAGAGUCAUUCGAAUCCACGAAAAGCUCGUCCAAAGGUUGACAAGCCUAGCUCCGCAGGGAUGCAUGUGUACCUCAUCUGCUUAAGACGAACUUUCUGUCAAGCCCAUCUAUUUACGUCAAGCUUGUUGAUCAUAUACAUCAAGUUAGUGAUCUUGACACGUUCUCGAGUAGUUUUUGCUGUUGAGGCCAUCUGGAGCUCGUCUUCUAUUGCCUCAUCUUCUACUCAGCUCGAUGAGUUGGAGAAGAAGAAUGUUGAUUUGACUAACAAGCUCUCGGGCGAGCAAACCCGCCAUGAAACAAAGAUGUUUGAAAUGAAGAAGAGCCUAGGUGGGCUGAAGAGUUCCCUUAGUUAUGACAAGAUGCUAGUUAAGUUUGACGCAUAUUGCAAAGCUGCUGAACAAUCCAAAUCUAAGGUCGUCAUCGAUGCAUACAAGCAGGGCUACUUGGAUUACAAGAGCUGGGUCGCUCCUUAUCAUUCCAUUAAAGAUAAAGAUGUCGAGUUGUUCUGCCCUGAUAUGUUAUUUGUUCAAGGUGAGCAAAUCAAUGUAAUGGACAUAGAGGCAGUUGAAGAGUUGGUAGCUGAUGAGACUGUGACUAAUGAGCUUGUAGUUAAGGAUGAUGAUUUUAAGGAAGGCGCAACUGAUGUAGUGGCGGUAGAGGUUGUGGAGCAGUAG